UGUGAUCGAUUUUGACUGGAGUAACAUCAUCUGUCUGUAACAUCAACCUUUAGAAUGAUGGAACAAAAUAUGGAGAAAGACUCAUUGAUCCAGAAUGACUGCAACCUAAAGUUCAGGCAAGACCUCAUAAGUUUGUUUGGUGAAUCGACUGCUGAGUAUUUCCUUAGUCCUUCCUCUCGCUCAAAGGACAUGCCCCCUUGGUUUUUACAACUACAAGAGGAAAUGAGAGAUCACAUGCGUGCAGAGGCCCUGUGGGAUGCUCUGAGCCAACGCUCUGCACAGAUACUGCAAGAAUCCAAUACAGAGCCCUUAAUGAUUACGAGAAGGGUCACAGACUGGAAGACACUGAUGAAACAGGACCAUCUGAAGCACCUAUUAGGGGUGAAAUACAUGUUUCGCUGUGCUCAGCGUAACCAGGCCAUCUCUGCCCUCCUUCUACAAUGUAACCCUCUUUUUGACUAUGAGCAUUUGGGCUUUUCUGACUUCUGGAUCUCCAACUGGAAGUUCCAGCAUCACAUCUGA